AUGAGCGUUUCCAAACCAUCAACACCGCUAUCACGGAUACUUCCGCCCCUCGUGCUAGGCGGUGCUGGAUUUAGUCACCAAUUAUUUCACAAUCCCAAUGCAUCUCAGGCACUAGAAGUCCUAAAACGCGCCUUUCAGCUUGGCCUACGUGCAAUUGACACCUCUGCAUAUUACCACCCCUCAGAAAUUCUCCUCGGUGAAGCUCUGUCCCGUCCCGAAAUCACGAACUGCUACUCUCGCGAUCAAUAUUUUUUGAUGACCAAGGCUGGGCGCAUCAGUGCCAAUCACUUUGACUACUCACCAGCCUGGAUACGACACUCAGUUUUACGAUCGCUAGAGCGUCUGCAAACAAGCUAUUUAGAUGUCGUAUUUUGUCAUGAUGUCGAAUUCGUUACUGAAGAAGAAGCGCUUCAAGCCGUCGGUGUUCUGAUAGAUAUGGUUAACGAAGGUCACAUCCGAUAUAUUGGAAUAUCAGGAUAUCGCAUCGAUAUUCUCGCUCGCAUCGCUCAUCGGGUCCAAGAUCAAUACGGUCGGCCCUUGGACAUUGUACAAAACUGGGCGCAACUGACACUUCAAAAUGACCGACUAGCCGGCGAAGGCUUGGCAGCCUUCCGGGAUGCUGGUGUCUCAUGCGUAUGCAGCUCGAGUCCUCUGGCAAUUGGGCUUCUGCGCGAAAAUGGGGUUCCCGUUGGCGACCUAGGCGAUUUCCAUCCUGCGCCACCAGGCUUGCGCCAAGUAGCCCAAGCGGCUUCUGAGUAUGUCAGCGCUCGUGGUGGAUCUCUCGCGGCAUUGGCUCUGCGAUAUGCUAUUAGGCGAGCGCAGAUGGAGUCUUCGGAUGAGUUCCGCGUUACAACUAUCAUGGGCAUUACAUCUGUCGCUGAGUUGGAAGAAAAUCUUGCUUCGGCUCAAAAGGUUCUCCGGCAGUCAGAACACGAUGCAUCCGAAUGGCUUUGGGCGACACAGCCAACUACCACUGGAAAUGCCGAGUCUCGAGAAGUAACUGAAGACGAUGAAUUAUCCGCCAAGGUGAAGGAAAUACUGGGGCCGUGGCAUAAUUAUAGCUUCCCCAGCCCAGGCGAUGGCUGGGACUCGGCAAAUAAGCGUCCGGUAGAAGGGAAGCUAUGA